AUGUCGAAAAGACUCUUGGAGGGCUCGCCCGAGACUCCGCGGAGCAAAGCUAUCCCAGCACUGACGGCAAAACAAGCCGAAGCACUAGAUGCAGUCCACUUCAUUGCAGAAGCCAAUUCCGUCAAGCUGUCCCAUGAAGAAAGGCGACAUGUGUGUCAUCAACAAAAUGACUAUCCUGUAUUCCCGCGAAGCACUUGA